AUGAGUAGCAAGCUUUUCAACCCCCCAGACGGUCCUCCCCGAGUCACUGGAUCUAUUUAUGAGGAGUUGAGAGGGCGGGGCACCAAUGUUGAUCUCGAAGAAGGGGUUCACUUAAAUGUCGACGAGGAAAACCUCCGAGAACACUUUGAUGCUGUUGAUGCGGAGGUCUUGACUACCGGCGACAGUCGAAUGACUGCUGAUAGUGCCGCUGGCAAAGUGGACAGAUAUCACCCCACUCAACGCAACACAACUACGGGAUGGCCAAACAACGAUGACGACCCAGACAACGAUGUUCCUGCCUCGCUCUUGGUGGAACCUAAUGAGAGAGAUGAGAGAGAGCUCCAGCAACAGCCCAUACGAGAGCGUGCCAACCGCCCAUCCCAUUCUUCACUACCUCCAAGCGGACCUCGGAAACAAGCACAAUGGGGCGCCCCGGCGGCACAUCGGCGCCUCCAUCAGAACGAAGCCCAUGGACAGUCACCUGGGUCACAACCAAGAUCAAUGAUGGCAGGCAUCUUCCCGGGUGGACGAAAAGAGAAGGCUUUGUGGAAAUGGGUCAACACCUCAAACCUCGACAGCUUCACACGCGACGUAUACGACUAUUUUGAGGGAGGGGGCUUGACUUGCAUCCUGUGCUCGAAUGCCCUGUGGCUACUGUAUUGUGACACCAGCACUCAGUCUCUGCCACGUACUCUCUGCUGA